ACCUCGGACUUUCCCUCACCGUCGGCCGGCGCCGCCACCAUCCUCGCCUGCGGCGAUGUCUUCCCUGGUCCAGAGCAGGUCAUGGAGGAGCUGGGAAACUCGCAGGGUCCCCGCGGCGACGCCGUCGUCGCCCACUGCCGCGAGUUCAUGCUCUACAUGAAGGAAAUUCAAACUACAUUGCGUGAGGAAAUAAAAAGUGCUUGUGAAUACCGGCCAUUUGAGAUGUGUGACUACAGUGCAAGGAUUGCUAACGAGAUUUGUUGCAAAAAGCUGGAGUAUGUGAUUGAGAAGAUGGAUGCCAUGCAACUGAACAUUGAGCCCAGCACCAAUGAAGUUUAGCUAGUUUAACUGGCUAUCUAGUGCCUGGUAGUGAAAUGGUUAGUGCCAAAGCAUCAUGUGGCUUCCCCAACUCCAGCAUCUUAUGUUCCCUUCUUGCUAUACAUAUCGAAUGCGUCCCAUGGCUUAAUGUAGUGAAUGAAUUAUGUAGGGUAUAAGUUGCAAUAUCCCAGAAAGAAGAUGUAUUUCGACUACUACUGCUGCAUAUUUCAUAUAUAUCACGUCAUUACAGCUAUUUCA